GGAGGAGGUUGAAGGAUGGGGACGCUGCGGGAUUUACAAUAUGCCUUGCAAGAGAAGAUCGAGGAGCUGAGGCAACGGGAUGCGCUCAUCGACGAGCUGGAGCUGGAGCUGGACCAGAAGGACGAGCUGAUCCAGAAGCUGCAGAACGAACUGGACAAGUACCGCUCGGUUAUCCGGCCCGCCACCCAACAGGCGCACCAGCAAAGCUCCACCACCUUGCAUGGCGAGCAGAGGACCAAGAGGCAGGCCAUUUCAGCCGAGCCCACCGCUUUUGACAUCCAGGACCUCAGCCAUGUCACCCUGCCUUUCUACCCCAAGAGCCCACAGUAAGCCAGGGGUUAAGCGUUGUGUCCGUGUGGCGUCCCUGUGAUGUGGUCUCGGUCUCUCUCUUUCUCUCUCUCCCCCCGUGUAUCUGUCUCUGUCGCCCGCACUGCCCAUUCACUCGCCUUGUGGAUCCCUGUG